AUGGUUAAACGAAAAUCUCGAAGUCGAUCUCAUUCGCGUUCUCAUUCCCGUUCACCAGCAAGCAAGGAACGUGAAACUGAAGAUGUUGGCGUUCGUAAAUCAAAAAGACGAAGUCGAUCUCGAUCUCGACAUGAUGUUGUUGAAAUUAAAAUUAAACCAAAAGACUCGAGUCCUGGCUCUGAAAUGGAAUCAAAGACUUUGAGUUCUGACCAGGGAAGUUCAUCUACGGAUUCAAAGGAGGAAAAACCUACUGUUAAAAAAGGAAGAGUAGGUAAACGAGGACGACGACGAGGUAGAGGACGUGGAAAAAAGUGA